AUGAAGUUUCCUAAAUCUAUCAAACUCCGAGGAACCAACAAGCCGAGAUUGCCAAGCAUGCAAUUCCUGACACAGCAGAGUAUAUUUAACAAUGGGAAAAUUCUGAAUGAGUUUAGCACAAAGGUGAUGAACUGCUUCCAAGCGUCGCUUGCCCUGCAGACCUGGACUGACCAACGUUUCAACUGGUCAAACACGACGUAUGCCAACAUUUCAGACAUGUACGUCCACGAAGAUAAUAUAUGGCUUCCACAGAUUGUCGUUGACAACACAUUUGACCGAAUAAUCUCAAUGUCUGGAUCAAAUCUUUUGCUGCAUGUGACGUCAGAAGGACUUGUGACAUGGCAGCCUCCCGGUCUGUAUAAUACUCACUGUGCCGUCGACACAACGUGGUUCCCCUUCGAUGUUCAGACAUGUUCAAUAUCGGUGUCCGGCUGGCCGUACGAUGUGGAGGAUAUUACGAUAACAAACAAUGUGUCAAAGUUUUUAACCAGUGACUAUCGUUUGAACGGAGAAUGGCAGCUUUAUUGGACGUUUGUAUCACCCAUGGCAACUGGCGAUCGCACACGUCUCAACUUUGUCCUGAAGCUGGAAAGACGAUAUGCAUUCUACGUCAUGAAUGUUAUCGUUCCGGUUCUGCUGACGUCACUCUUGACACCUAUGGUUUUCAAGCUGCCUUCGGAGUCUGGAGAACGUGUAUCCUUCAUUCUGACGGUUGUUCUUGCUCUGGAGGUCCUGCUGACUGUUGUGUCUGCCCACAUGCCAGCAACAUCGCUCCAUACGUCAGUCAUGGAAGUGUACUUAGUGAUGGUACUAAGUAUAUCUGGAUUAGCUGUAAUACUGACAGCACUACUGCUCAAACUUUACCACAAAGGGGACGACGCAGCACUACCAAAAGGCACCCGGUUGGUGCUAGAAUUUCACAAACUCAUAACUAGACGAACAGCGACUAAAACAACUAAGAGAAAGCCUAGUCUGGCUAUAGACAACGCUGACUCCAAACCGUGCAAUGAAACCACAGAAGAAUCCUUGCCAGGAAAACUAACGAAUAAUUAUGUAAUGGAAGAAUUUGAUAAGGUCGACGCCGUUAAGACUCAUGAAAGGAUUACAUGUCGAGAAUUUAGCAAUAUUCUUGACGAUAUCUUGUUCUGGGCUUUUUUCUGCCUAACGUUGUUAUGUACCUUCGUUUUUAUGCUGGCAAUGGGGUUUGGAGGAUCUUAAUUGCGGUUGACAACUUCCUUUUUGUAAAAUGUAAUAGCAAGAUAAUUCUUUUGAUAAAUCAUCAAAGACGAAAACAACAAUAUGAAGUAAUUUGAUAUAACAGUUUCUGUUCCGGAAUGUUUUGUAGGAUAUUUAAAGGAUUUUUCGUAUUUAAAAAGAAUCACAUCGGUGUUACUUGCGUCAGAAAUA